CAGUGAGCAGGCAUAGAUACUUUGCAGUGAAAUGCCACGCAGGCAGAGAGUGACAGGCAGUCAGUAGCAGCUGAGCUUUUCCCUCUUGGACGGCUGUUUCCUGCUAGGUUCAGGAGAGGCGGGGGCCUGGCUCCUGCUUCUGCUGCUGCUGUGUCAACUCUCUCUCCACUCCAGGUAAGCAGACUCAGAGGGAGGGCAAGCUGCAAGUCACGUCUUUGUACGAUGAACAAGAUCCGAAAGUUUUUCCGAGGAAGUGGGCGAGUCUUGGCAUUUAUAUUUGUAGCUUCUGUCAUCUGGCUGCUCUUUGACAUGGCAGCUCUCCGUCUCUCAUUCAAUGAGAUCAGCACUGGGAUACUCCAAGAAGACAUCAGGAGGAGGGAGCAGACAGGAUUCAGAGUCCAGCCAGACCAAAUGAAGAUCCUCCACACCAGCAUCACAGGGGUGGGGCUGCCCCAGCAUGGCGUGUGGGCCGAGGAGAACUUUAGAAAGGGAGAGGACCAUGUACACAAAGUUGAAGAGAAUAUGGACCAAGUCCAGAGGAGAGGAAAAAUACAGAUACCCCUGGGAAGGGGAAGAGCUGUGCCUCUGUGGCAUCCUGCACAUCUACAAAGCCUCCCAGUGCCUCCUACCAUUCAGAAGACAGAGAUGAGAGCCCACAAGCCUGAAGCCUCCUCCCAGCACAUGGCACCCAAGCAAACAACAGUUGUAUCGCAGAGAACCCCAUCUACAGCAUCAAGAGGAACUCCACUGAACAAAAUAUCAGUACAUGCAGAAACCUUCGCUAAAAAACAAGAGGCCCCGAAGAAUCAUACUCUCAGCAGUAAUGCAUCAAAGCAAGCAUCUGAACGGACCUUAAAUAUGACCAUCAGUGUCAUGACUGACAGAUCAAAGCAGCAAUCACAGACGGUAACAAAAGAAAAGACACACUUUGCCAGCCCUCCAAUCCUGAAAUCUGGGGAAGCCAUAGCCAUAAAGAAAACUGAGGCUCAGAGUAAAGAACUAAAACACAAAGCCCAUAAAGUGCUACCUCUUCUUAAGUUCAUUGCUGACACGGGUCGUUUAAAGAAGCAAUCUAUGAAUGAGACACAGCUGGGCAGCUUGCCAGAAGAUGGCGGGGCCAAAGUGGUGCCAGGGAAGAAACUUAAUUUCUCUGAAAGCCAGGUUGUGAUUAUAACCAAAGAGGAGGACCUGAGGAUAGAUACCAAAGAGAUGCCUGAUACUAAAACCCAAACUGCCCUUCCUGAAUUACUGGGUGGAAGCCAAGAAAAACACAUCCCCAGGAAUCAAAGCAAGACAUCUUCCUCUCUACUAGCUCCACAGAGAGUAAUGUCUCAAGCCAAUCUGGCCUUAGCAGGGGAAGUCCAUUCAGCAAGAAGAAACUUGACAGCCAAGGCCCAGACUGCAGGACACCAGCAAAGCCUCGCAAAUGCCCCUGAAAACCCUGGAAGGCACCAUGUGCUGAGAGUGGAUGCGACUCUUUCUCCAAGGGAUCCCAAUGCUCCUGGUCAGUUUGGGCGUCCCAUUGUGGUUCCCCCUGAAAAGAAGGAGGAGGCGGACCGACGAUGGAAAGAAGGGAACUUCAAUGUCUACCUUAGUGACUUGAUUCCAGUGGACAGAGCCAUUGAAGACACAAGGCCUGCAGGAUGUGCAGAGCAGCUAGUUCACAAUGACCUCCCAACCACCAGCAUCAUCAUGUGCUUCGUAGAUGAGGUAUGGUCUGCUCUCCUGAGGUCUGUGCACAGCGUCCUCAAUCGCUCUCCUCCACACCUCAUCAAGGAGAUUCUUCUGGUGGAUGACUUCAGCACCAAAGACUACCUAAAAGGAAAUUUGGAUAAAUACAUGUCUCGGUUUCCAAAAGUUCGGAUUCUUCGCCUCAAAGAGAGACAUGGCUUGAUCAGAGCGAGGCUGGCAGGAGCACAGAAUGCAACAGGUGAUGUGUUGACAUUCCUAGACUCUCACGUGGAAUGCAAUGUGGGCUGGUUGGAGCCACUUCUGGAAAGAGUUUAUUUAAAUAGAAAGAAAGUGGCCUGUCCAGUAAUCGAAGUCAUCAACGACAAGGACAUGAGUUACAUGACAGUGGACAACUUCCAAAGAGGUGUCUUCACAUGGCCCAUGAACUUUGGCUGGAGGACAAUUCCUCCAGAUGUUGUUGCAAGAAAUGGAAUUAAAGAAACUGACAUAAUCAGGUGCCCAGUCAUGGCAGGUGGAUUAUUCUCCAUUGAUAAAAGUUACUUUUAUGAACUUGGAACUUAUGACCCUGGUCUUGAUGUUUGGGGAGGAGAAAAUAUGGAACUAUCAUUCAAGGUCUGGAUGUGUGGUGGUGAAAUCGAGAUCAUUCCCUGUUCCAGAGUGGGCCACAUAUUCCGAAAUGACAAUCCCUAUUCCUUCCCCAAAGACCGCAUGAAGACAGUGGAACGGAACCUGGUGCGGGUGGCUGAGGUCUGGCUGGAUGAGUACAAGGAACUCUUCUAUGGCCAUGGGGAUCACCUCAUAGACCAAGGGUUGGAUGUGGGCAACCUCACCCAGCAAAGGGAGUUGCGCAAGAAGCUGAAAUGCAAAACUUUCAAGUGGUACUUGGACAAUGUCUUUCCUGACUUGAAGGCUCCUGUUGUGAGAGCUAGUGGUGUGCUGGUUAAUAUGGCCCUGGGCAAGUGUGUGUCCAUUGAAAAUACCACAGCCACACUGGAAGACUGUGAUGGGAGCAGCCAGCUUCAACAAUUUAACUAUAGCUGGAUAAGACUUAUUAAGCAUGGAGAGCAGUGCCUGGCACCCAUCCCUCAUAAAGGAUCCCUGAGACUCCAGCCAUGUGAUAACAAAGACAACAGACUCAAGUGGCUGCACAAGUCAACCUCGGGCUUUCGUCCAGAACUGGUGGAUCACAUUGUUCUUGAAAACUAUCAGCAGUUGUUAUGUGUGGAAGGGAAUUUUUCUCAGAAGACCCUGAAAGUGGCCACUUGUAACCCAAUGGAACCAUAUCAAAAGUGGAAAUUUGAAAAAUACUAUGAAGGCUAAAGAGGAAUGUUUUAUCUGGUUAACCCACCAGAUUCUGUGAAAAUCAGACCAAAGUUGGUGACUGUAUUUCUCUUCUUAGUUGUUUAAAUUUUCCGUUUUAAUAGCAUUUAAAUGGAAGGUUUUUUUUUUUAAAGCACCAAAGGAUAACUCAGGGAAAUACACCACCACUGGACUGGAAUUCUUCAGCUCUGGGGGGCCUUUGGAAGUGUCUGUGCCCUACUCAGGGCUGUGGUGCGUAC